AUGGUUUUGUCCCUUCUCGGCAGCCUUGUUGUGGUUGGAGUUGACAUAAUCAAUGGGGAAAAAGCUUCAAAAAAUUCCUUGCAAUACAUGUUCUCAGUGCAGAACAAUAAAACACAUGAAUGUGGAGGAUUUCUGAUAUCUCCUCAAUAUGUUCUUACAGCUGCACACUGUGCAAGGUAACGUGUUAUUUUUUUUUUUAUUUUUUUUUUGGAGCCAUAUUCAUCACUGAAUGAAAUAUCUAAGCUCUUGUUCCACCGAAAAAAAAAAAAUAAAUUUAUACCAAAAACAUUCAAAAACGUUAAGAUGGGUAAUGACAUCAUGCUUCUAAAGAUUUCUAGGGAAGCAGUUUUGGGAGAAAAGGUGAAGACGGUGAAAAUCCCAGAUCUACAUUACAGAGUUGAAAGCAAUACCCAGUGCUUGGUUGCUGGAUGGGGUUCGACUAAACAGCACAAAGAUGUCAAUGACCUUUUGGCCUUGAAUGUAACCUCAACUGUUGACAUCCACAACUGCAAGAAAGCAUGGAAGAAAUACAAAGAAAGCAUCACAAAACUUCCACCAAACAUCAUCUGUGCUGGAGGAUAUAAACAGAAUGGAGGAGUGUGCUUGGGUGAUUCUGGAGGUCCACUGGUGUGCCAUUCAAUGGCAGUGGGCAUUGUCUCAUUCAGCACAAAGGGGUGUAAAUAUCCUGAUGUACCGAAUAUCUUCACUGAUAUUUCAAAAUAUGCACAUUGGAUCAAAGCAAUUAUGAAGAAAAAGGAAACUUAAGAGUUUUGUGUUCACAGCACUUGCAAAUCAUGCUUAAACAUACAAUACUGACCAACAAAAAUUGUUUUGCUGAUGACUUGUGUCUGUAUUUUCACAAUGACCAUUUCUGUGCAUGCAGAUUGUUGUUUUUGAGAAAAACUACCUCAAAAUGUCUAUGAUUUUGUGUAUAUUUUGGGUUACAAUAAUAGUGCAUUUAUACAAGGACACAAUAAAUCAGGGAUGGAUAGCAUAUAAAAUACCCGUGACUGAAUUUUGGUUUGAUAUCAACAUUUGAAAUGACAUUUUCCAUCAGUAGGGUACAAAAAUAAUUUCUCUUCCAGCCAAAAGGUCCGUAAAAGGAGGUGUUUAACAUUCAGAAAAGGUUGAUUGGGAAUUGAUUUUUUGAUGAUACUAAAAUCUGGGAAUCCAAAUACAAUAUAAAAUGUCUAGUACGAAUAUAUAUAUAUAGAGGGAGAGAGAGAGAGAGAGAGAGAGAGAGAGA